CGUAUAUUGGUGCCUAGGUUGUUGUUUGUCAAAUCGCAUCUCUUAUUAUGUUUUAAGAUUUAGUUUUAAGUUAUAACACGUUUUUUUCUUUAAUGUGGCUAAGUGUUUUAAAACAUAAUAUUUUUUGUUUUUAUUAUUGGAUUGCUUAAGAACAUAAUCGUAAUAAUAAAUGGAAAGAGGAAAUCGAGGAUCAAGAAGAUCUAGAGGUCGACCAUUCAUCAGAGGUUAUUAUCGUGGAAGAACACGAGGUAGAAGUAUACUUAGUAGUAGAACACCAGAUCCUCGAGAAAAAUUUGAAAGCUAUGAUGACAAUGAAAAAAGUAGUACUCACGAAGAAAAAUCAUGGAGCUCACCAUCUGAUAAACGUCAUAAAACAAGAGAAAACUCUCGAUCACCUUCCAAAGAGAAUAAUGAUAAUAACAAUGAAAGAAAUUCACCUUCAGAGAAAAAAGAAUAUUACUCUGAUGCUAAGUAUCAUAAGCAUUCAUCAGAUUAUCCUUUUAGAGAUCAAAGAAGACCAUACCAAAACAAUUAUUGGGAAAGAAGUACUCGUGGAAGACCUUACUCUCCUCAAAGCCAAUAUCGAGUGAGACCCUAUCACUCUCCUACUAGAAAUUCAAGACGUUACUCUCGGACUCCUGAAAGACGCCGUUCACAUAGUAGAUACCGUUCACGCUCUCAUACAUCAAGUCGAUACCGAUCACAUUCACGUUCAAAAAGUAGAUCUAGGCGUCCUUCUCCUUCAAAACAUAGAUCACCUAGAAGAAGAUCUAUAUCAAGGCAUCCAAAAACUUCAGAUGAACACAACAAAUUUUCAGAUAAAAAUAAAAUCAUUAGAAAUACUUCCGAUAAUAGUAAUGAUUCUGAUGACUUUGUUGAAAAAUUAGAAGCUUCUAAAAAUUCUAAAACUCCUAGGAGAAUUGAAUAUUCAGGUAAUGAUGAUGAUGAGUAUUGGAUCGAAAGUGGUAAAAAAAAUGAAAAUAUUCCUAAAGAACCAAAAACACCAGGGAGAUCUAAUUUUUCUUCUAGAGCUCCCAAAACUCCUGGUCGAUUAGAACUUUCUGCUAAAGAUGAUGAUAAUUACUGGGAAAAUUCACAGUCUUCUAAAAGUGCAAAGAAAACCCAAUAUUUAAAUACUUGGGACGAUUCUCCUAUUCGAGAAGAACCUUUUUCAAAAGCACCAAAGACUCCUGGUAGAAAAGAAUUUUCUUCUAAAGAUAGUGAUGACUACUGGACAAAAUCUUCACCAAAAAUUAAAGAAUUAUACUCAAAAAAAAACAAAAAUCAAAAUUUAUCCUCUAUAUAUGUACAAGAUCUAGGUUCUUCUAAUUCAGAAUGUGAUAAUUCACCUAAACAAUAUAGAUCAAUGUCAAUAACAAAUUCUGAUAAAAGUGACACACCACAACCACUAUCACUUACUGAAAAAUCUAGCAAAUCUACUAAUCCUAGCAGUAUAUCACAAACAUCUAUUUCUAAAAUAUCUAAAAACAUAUCUGAAUCACUUCCUCCAACAAUAGGGUCUGAAAACUUGUUAGGUUAUGGUUCUCACUGGACAGGAAUGUCAAAUACAUCUACUUCAUAUUUACCAACUGAUAACUUUUCUCAACCUCAAGUAACACAGUUUACUGGAUAUCAACAUCCAAUAGUUCCUCAAAAUUCUCAGUGGUAUCAACCAAGUUAUCAACAAUAUGGAUCACAGUAUCAACAAUUUGAACAGAAACAAUCUAUUCCAUUUAAUCAAGUUCACCCAAAUUUAGAACAAGUUGUGAGUUACCAAUCUUCAAAUCAAGGUUUAUUCAAUUGUGAUUUAAAACAAGUAAUUGAUAUAUCAAAACCUCCUCCCAAUGUCACCUCUAUAACUCCAGAUGUUCAAUCUAAAAAUGUUCAAGAUAAUAUGUUUGAGAUGCAACGUGAAACUUAUACUACCAAAUUAAUGAGUUUGAAAAAAGAGCUGGAAUUCUUGCAAAUUCAAUAUGAUCAAUUUAAAUCAGAUAAUUCUAAUGGUCAUUAUAAUGAUGAAUUAAAACAAAAUAGAAAAGCACAGGAUGAUAUAAAUGGAAAAAUUAAAGGUGUCAAUAAUAUUCUUGAAGUAUUGAGCACAAUGAUACCUAAAAAUUCUGUAAAUGAUAUUAAGAAAGUAGAAACUCGAAAAACAUAAAGAAGAUUCAAUUGCAAAUUUUGAAAGAAGUUCUAUACUUAAAAGUCAAAGCCAUAGUAAGUCUUCAUCACCAUCCUCAGAGUACAAAAAAAGACAUAGCAUACCUGCUUCUUUAAAGCAGGAAAAAAAAACUUUAAGAUCACAAUCAUCUGAUGAAGAUGAUUCUAAUUUGAAAAAAUCACGUCAGUCUAAAGAAACAUUAGAAAGUAAAAAAAAGAAAAACCGAAAUAUCGCAAAAGUUCCACAAUUUAACUUUGUUUAUUGUGAUUCUUGUAUUCAUUGGUGCCAGACUUGUAAUAUAUUUCCAAAGACUGCUAAAGAAUAUUUAACUCAUUUACAAAGUGAAUCGCAUAAAACAAUUCUAGAGGAACUUAAUAUUGUAGAAUUACCAUGGCACAAUACUCAAGUUGAACCCACUCAACCAGAAAAAAAUCCUGAGCUUCCUAAUAAACGUGUACCAAUAAAAGGCUUAGAAUUUUUCAUUGGAACAACAGCCUGGUAUUGCAAACUCUGUGAUACUUGGAUUGGAGAUCUUCAUUGUGCAUCUGCUCACUUUAAAUCCAAAAGUCAUAAUGACUUAUAUGCGGCUCUUAUUGCUAAAGAACCAAAUUGGGAAAUUGAUUGGCUUACUAAAAGAACUCGAGCAUUUGAAAAAUCUCUUUUACAAGUAAAUAAACCUAAGCAAGAAUUUAUUAAAGAAGAAAAAUUGAAAGAUUCAAUAGUUAUUGAAUCAAAACCAGAAAAGUCUUUUUUUGAGAAGGAUUUUAAAAAAGAAAAAGAAAGAGAUAAAGAAAAAGAAAGACUUAGAGAUAAAGAAAAAAAUAAAAGAGAAAUAGCUAGAAAAAACACUGAAAUAAAAAACAAAUUAAGCCCAAUUAUUGGUGAAAACAAUGAUUCUAAUAAUGUUUCAAUAUCAGAUUGGAUGAAACCUAUCAACUUACCUGUUGAAAAAAGUUUGAUAACAUUGAAAGAAAAUGUUCAAAAAGCUAAAGAAAAAUUAAGUAAACAUAAAACCGACAAAGUGGAAGAAUAUAAAUCAAGAACAUCAGAAACUCAAAAAAAUAAAAAACAAAAGCUUGAUGAACCCAAAGCAAUUGAUUCUACUGAAAAAAAAGAAGAUAAUUGUAUUAUGAUUAACCGUAGCAAAAUAAAACUACCUUUCAUUGGUAAAAUGCCAUUUGCUAAGCCAGUCACUAAAAAAACCGCAGGUUCACAAUCUAAAGAAGUUCCUAACUAUAUGGUUGAAACUAAGUGUGAAGAACUAAAAGAAAAACCAGUAACCUCUGUUGAAUCUCGAAUGCAUAUAAUGGAACAUAUGAUUAGUGCCAUUAAUGAAAAAAAGAUUGAAAAACAAACUUUACCUAUUGAUAUGGAUAUUGAUGAUGAAAAUGAAUAUGAUGAAAUGAUUCUAGGUGCUAAAACAAAUUUGUUUCAACCACAAUUAAAUAUAGAUUUACCUAGAAACGAAGUUCUCCAUAAUUUUAAUCUUCCACAUACAAGUUCACUUCCUCAAGAUUUAAAUGCUGCUUUAAAUAUGAUUUUUCCUUGUAACGAACCAACAAUUGGUACUUGUGUUAGUGUACCUGUUAACAUCCAAAAUAAUAAUUUAAUGGAUCCUCAAAAUAUAUGUAUUUAUCCUGAAAUGAAUAGAAUGUUAAAUAGUUCACCAGAAAGGAAAAAAAAGAAAAAUGCUCCGUCACAACGAAAACGUAGGCAUAUGAAAAAAAACAUGGGGAAAGAUGAUGAAUAUAAUAAAAAUGAAGAAGAAGAAGUUGAUGAUAAAUUGGAUGAACUUAUUAGUUCAGUGUCCAGGAAAGACAACAUAAAUAAGUCUAAUGGCAAUGAAUCAGAGGGAGAUGAACUUGCUAUGCUUGGUAUUGAUGUUGAAGAUAUGGCUGCUCAAUAUUAUUGAACUUAAAUUAGUA